UGGUGGACCAGACCUGAGAAGGUUACAACUGUAGAAAGUCAGCAUCUCAGCGAAAGAAAGCAACCAUGCCUUGGGUGUUCUUGUGGCAUGCCAAUUCAGCUGAAAUGAAGGAAGACGAAGGGGUUACUGAAGGCAAGGAUCACAAAAAGAAGAGCAAGGCUCUGGGCAUAGAACUGAAAAACUAUCUGAUGUCUAUUAUGCCACACUUAGAACCAGGUGACAUCAAAUAUUCCAACUCCAAAGAUGUAAUACUUACUGCAGAAGAAGUUAAACAGUGGUCCCAGUCUCUAGAAAAGCUCCUAGCAACCCAGUGCGGCCAAGAUGCUUUCAGAGAAUUCCUGAAAUCAGAGUUCAGUGAUGAAAACAUUGAGUUCUGGUUAGCUUGCGAGGACUACAAGAAAACUCAAGCUGAUCACUUGCAUGGAAAAGCAGAGAAGAUUUACAAGGAGUUUGUUCAGUGUGAUGCUACAAAGCAAAUCAAUAUUGACUUUCACACGAGAAAAGCCACAGCAAAGAAGGCACAAGAUCCAACACCUAACAGUUUUGAUGAUGCCCAGAGAAUUGUAUAUGUACUGAUGGAGAGAGACUCAUACCCAAGAUUCCUAAAAUCCAGUUUCUACCAUAGCCUGCUAAGCAAAGUUCAGUGCAACAGUCUCAAGUGAAGAUUUUAGGAAGAGGUAAGGAAAUGCUCUGAAGCUUCUCUGACACACAGAAAAGCAAUUCAAGUGUGGCUGGAUUUCAGCACACAACGUGGGACUGAUGGAAUUGAGAAUAAAAGGAGAAGAAGGAACUCUCCAAACAUGGACUUGUCUGUAUGGGACACCCCAGGAAAAUGAAGGCACCUGGACCAUUAUCUCUGAGAAUAAGAGAAUGAAAAGAAGAGGGACUAUAUUGCUUUGAUACUACUGAAUUAAGGACCACUUCCCAUGUUUUUAUUUUCUUAGAGGUUGCAUUUACAGGUAACAUGGAAUUGUGAGUCCAAUGGAACUGUGGUUCCACUCCCCACCCCCACCCCUGCUCUCUUAUCCAUAUUUGGACGAAAUGGACAGGAAGCUCUCUGCAGUCAGAGAGACUGCAGAAAGGAGGGGGAACUGGCUGUGUGGGCUUCUUUCUGGACUGAAGGACAUCCCCAUCAGCCCAUCACAGCUGGGGCAAGGGAGGAGUUUCUUCCCUCAGUUGGAGCACAGUAGGACUGAAGUGCAGCGUUUGGACGUAACGCUGGCACCGUGAAACCUCAGGUAGGAGUGGCACAACCCACUACAAACUGAAGGUUCAAGGUGGAAUUUUAGGAAAGAAACCUCAGGUCGCUUUUGUGUCCAAAUGCAAUUGCAUGCAUUUGGAUGUACUAAAAAUUCAACCUCAGGCCCCUUCAACUCCAGUUUCCUGUUGCAUGUGAAUGGGGCCUGAGUAUUGGAUUAGGACUGAAGAGACUGAUCCCAUUCAGCUAUGAAGCAUUCUCUCUCAGCCUAACCUACCUCACAGAGUUAUUGUGAGGAUAAAAGGGGAGACCUAAUGCACAGGACCCUGAGUUUCUUUGAAGAAGGGUUGGAUAAUAAUAUAAUUACAAUAUAGGGAGAAUGUGCAAGUGUGUCUGUCCCUGCUGUUGCUAAGGGCCACUCAUAUAUGUACAUUGUUCAAGGGAUGCACGGAACAGGCCCAAGACAACUGAGACAGCACACAUCAGCUUCAGCUUAAGAGCAUGAUGCACAACCUCCAAUUACACCAGCUGUUUGCCCCUAAACCAGGUACAGUUCCUGGUUCCCUUAACAUGAUGUUCCAUCACAAUGAAUAGGCCAGGAAUUUGAGAGUGGAGUAUUCGCCCUACUGGAUUACCUGCCAAAAUAUUUCUGUGAAAGGAAACUGUAGUGUGAAAAGCAAGCUAAGAUAAGAUAAAGAUGUGAUAUUUAUCUAUGGGGGAGACCCUUGAGCCAAAUUUUAUAACUGCUGACAACUGGUUUUUAAGAGGCUUUGCCCAGUAUAUUUAACUAAGAAGCAAAUAGUAAAAAUAAGAUUGGAAGACAUGUGCAACCAUACCCUGCAACCAUGAGCUGGCAUUGACACCAUUGUCUCCCUGAGGCUGGGAGUGACCAGGAGGCCAUCAGCCUCCCCCAGGUCCGUGUGUUCUUAAUUUGAAGGUGUUCAGUUUCACCAGAAGGACAAACAUAUAUGAUGAAGCAGUGCCUGCUUGAAGCUGGGCUGUGGCUGCUUCUCACUAGCUCAUGAUUUGCCAUCAGCUCCACUGACUAAACCCGCGAUUCCACUUGCCAGCCCAUGGGAGAGAUGGGCACAGGAUCUCUAUACCAACUCUACUGCUUCUCCAAGAAGUGUAGAUGUGGCCCAUCAGAACCUUGCAUUUGUUUUGCAUCUUAAACUCUGGGGAGCAGGUUAGGUUGGUACUGCAUGGUCAGGAUUGUUGAGAGGAUGGAGGAAUUCCCCACCCCCAGGCCAGGCUUGCCCAGAGCUUCUAAAUGAGGGCUCCAUUCUGCAACAAGAAGGUUCUUAUGUUCUGACAAUAUGACAAUAUGAACUGACAAUAUGUUUCAGGACUGCAAAACCUACCAGCCAGAACCACCAUUGCUGACUCAAAUAUAAACCAUCUAAUAUGUACUGCAUUGUGAUAUAUGGUAUUAUAUUGAAUAAAUGCACUGUAUGUUUCCAGAGGCAAGAAUGAAAUCCCAUACCCCGUGGGUAUAAGCUAGACCAUAGCAUUAUUUUUAGCACUUGAUAUGUAGCAUAUUAUAUUUAAUUUAUUGCAAACUGUAAAUCAAUGUCAAACAACCUAAAUUACAGCUAUAACACAAACCA